AUGGGCAUUGGAUCCGAGAGUGACCAUAGUUCUGCUAAUGAUGAGACGGAUAAUAGCGAGGAGAAGGAGCAGGGUGAAAUAAUUGGAUCAGCGGAUGACGAUGAAUCUGAAGGUUAUUGUGAUAUUUUUGUCAAACCUAGAAAAAACGCUGAAAAUAAUCCAACUACCGUGAGUACAACAGAAGUUGACGAACAGACAUUUGAAAGUGGAGAACAAGCAACUGAUGUUCACUUAGAACAGCAGAUACAAAUACCAUCUCAGGCUUUUAUACAAGACAAUGUAGAAACUAGCAUUAGGAACGAACAGAUGGAAGCACCUCCUGGCCAACAGGAAGAAAAUGGCACGCAAUACGAAAGACCUUCUAGUGGGGCUGGCCCAAGUUGGCAGAGAAACCCAGCACGAGGUGGAUCUCCCCAACCAAUGGAUAUAGCUUGGGAAGAAACCGUCACCAAUAUUACUCCUUACGAAUUUAGAUCCACGGCAGUGGGUCCGACAUUUGAGAUUGAUGAUAAUUCCACAUGUGAAUACGUAUUCAAUCAACUUUUUACUGCAGAUAUGAUAGAUUAUAUGGUUGAACGAACAAAUGCUUAUGGAGCAGCACUUACUAAUGCCAAUCGGCCACAUACACGCUAUGCACGCAAUUCUGUAUUUCGAGCAACGAAUCCGGAUGAGAUGAAAAAAUUUUUAGGUCUCACUUUAUUAAAUGGUCAUAUUCGUGUACCCCAACAAAGGAAACUUUUCACAUAUGACGAUCCUUUAUAUUACCACCCAGUCUUUCACUAUACAAUGUCUUGUAGAAGAUAUGAACAAAUUUUGCGAUGUCUAUAUGUUGCUGAUUUGGGUGCGAAGGGGUCGUCAAAAAUUGAAGGGUUUAUAAACACAAUGACUCAAAAUUUUCGUUAUAUGUUCAACCCAGGUCAAGAUCGGUCUCUGGAUGAGUCUUUGUUACUAUAUAGGGGUCGUUUGAUAUUUCGCCACUAUAUUAAAUCAAAAAAAGCUAGAUAUGGCAUAAAAUUUUACAUAUUAACGACAGCGGAUGGUUAUGUUCUAAAUAUUAAAAUGUAUAGUGGAGGAGAAGUCGUUGAAGGCAAUGAAAGAAAAACUGAUAGGUUGGUUCUUCGUUUAAUGCGUCCAUACCUACUUAAAGGGCAUAAUCUAUACAUGGACAAUUAUUAUAAUUCAGUGACCCUGUCUCAAAAAUUACUUGAUUUAAAAACACAUACGAACGGCACAUUGCGAAAGACAAGAAAAGAUAACCCUAAAUUCGUUGUACAAAAGAAACUAAAAAAAGGACAGCAUGUGUGGGCAAGGAAGGGCAAAGUCUACGUAAGUGCGUGGAAAGACAAGCGAGAAGUGUAUAUGGUGACUACUAUGGACCAUCCAGCGCUUAUUGAAGUUACAAACCGAUUCGGCAAAAAGAAAAUGAAACCUAAAGAAGUUGAUAAAUAUAACAAAUAUAUGUCUGGAGUGGAUCGAUCAGAUCAGAUAAUCAAUUACUAUUCGUCACCAAGGAAAACGAUAAGAUGGUAUAAAAAGGUUUUAUUUCAUAUAGUAGACACUGCAGUUUGGAAUUCUUAUUACAUUUAUAAGAAGUAUGUGAAAAAAGACAACAAAUAUGAGUAUAUAACAUAUAGAGAUGAGUUGAUAAAGAAAUUGAUUGGCCUGAAAGAAGAAAAAGGGAAAGAUUUGAUUCGAAACAGUAAUAAAAAUGAUAGCAGGCGGCAUGCACUUCAACUCACGUCAGAGCCUGAACAACACAAUACACAGAAAGAAUCGUCUCAGCCAGCAAACCAUGGACACUGGCCGACUCGCAUGACUCCUUCCACAAAUUCAAAGAAGAAAUACGCAUUUUUAUCGUGUAAACAAUGUUCGAAGAAUAAAGUGCGACGUGAUACAAGCUACUUUUGUAAGGGGUGUUACAAGUCUCCAGCGCUUUGUCCAUCAUGUUUUGAAGAUUGGCAUAAGGAUAUGUAA